UAAAAUAUUAGCCAUCUCCAAUAUUAUUGUUGUACACAGAUAUGUCUUGUUUUGUGUUUACAGCUGUCUUACUCUUGUUUUCUAUCACCCUAAUUAACGGAAAUUUCCCGGUGCCUGCUGUCUAUCCUGAGUUUUGUAAUUCCACGGAAUAUUUUGAUUCAAUUUGCAUUCGGUGCAAAAAAUGUGGGAAAGAUGAUAGUCAAGUAUCUUUACAAACAAGAGCGCGUGAGGGCUACUGCACGUGCAGAUCUCAGUUUUAUGUGAAAAAUAAAAGGAAUUCAGUCGAUUUAAAUUGUUCUUCGUGUCCACCUCAAACUGUUCCAGCUAAGAAUAAAAAUAGAUGUUUAAAAUGCAUGGAAAGUAAUCCUUUUAAUGAAACGACUGGACAUUGUGAGCCUUGCAUGAAUGGCACUUUUGUGGAAACAGACGAAUAUAUGUUGUGCAUAUCUUGUGAAAAUUCACCAUUGGGUAUCAAAGAUUCUGAUGAAUCCAUUGAUAUUUGUUCUAGCCAGCUAUCAAUAACACCAAAGCUAUGCAGUGAAUCCAAUCUGAUUUUUUCUGGUGGUUAUUGCAUUCCUUCCUUAAGCAACGAGCCAUCUUUAUUUAGUAUUAAAUAUGAGAUAGGAGAAAGUGUGAAAUCAGCUUUAUUCAAAGAGCACCUUAAUUCUGCCCUCUACUUAUGCAAAGAAAAUGAAGACUUUGCCUGCCAAAUGCUAGCUAAUUUUUGUGUUCUGCUUCUUUACAAACUAAGUAUUGAAAAUAAUGCUUGUUUAGAAUUCAGGAAAAUUGCCAGAAAACGCUUAGAUGAAUGUCCCAGUAAACAAUUAUGGCUAUAUUAUUUUGACGAGGAAGCCAGGUGGAAUGCAACAAAAGACUUGUAUCAAAAUAAUGUACCAAAUAUGUUUUCUCCCUCCUUAAAUCUUGAAGAGUCCAAACUUCAAAUUGUAGCAAAACAAUUUGCCUUAAAUGGAUCUUUCAUUGGAAUAAAAAAGCUAAAAAGUGAUGAUCUCCAUCUUUGUCAAGAAUCUGAUCUUGAAGAUGAUAUAGCAUUGACUGUGGGUACACAGUUGAAAAGAGCUUGUACAAGAUCCUUGCAGUCUUUAUGGUUAUCUUCGCAUCUUCAGUUUUAUGAUUUAUAUCUUGUUAGUAAAAUCAAUCAAAGUGAAUGGUGGUAUCCCAUUCCUGUUCUCAUACGAGGAAUUCUUGUGAAUGGAGAAUUUGUAAAUAUUGACAAAGACCCAUCGAAGUGGCUUCUUGUGCGCCGAUAUUUUCUCACAGACCACAUAAGCGGCAUUGAAGAGGGUCUGGAGAGCAAUCAACCCCCCACCACUAAGGUCUUCAGAUAUGCUGCGGACGUUUCUCUCAGAGUGAUAUUUAAACCCCAUGGAAAUCCUGGCACCAUAUAUCCUCCAUUGCUCACAAUUGCAUAUGCUGAAGCUACUCCAGAUGAUUUUAAGAAAAAUAAAAAAGUUACAGUUAAAUUUUCUGUAUCCUAUGAAAUGGAUCAGUCUUCUGUGAUGAAAAGCAUUGUGAUAUCUAUGUCUAUUUUUGGAGUAUUAUCGUUUGCUUGGUCUGUUUUACAAACCUUUAGUUGGUAUAGGCGGUCUGGGAAGAAUGCUAUCGACUUAGUGACUUUAGGAAAAUUUACCAUAUUUAUGUGUGGCAACCUCUCUACGUCUUUCUUUUGUGUCAUAUUUCUUCACUGCUUCUAUUGGUUAACUUUUUUUAAGAAACAAGAUGUUUUACAUUCUCUGCUGCCAAUUCCAUCCCAAGAAAAGUUUUUAAGUGUUUAUAUUGGAUUAGCUCUUACAAUGAAAGCGAUCCAAGUCAUCCACCUACUCUUCGUGCAGUGUAGCAUAAAUAUCUUCUUCGUCGACUGGGAACGUCCGAGAGUGCGCUCGUCUUGCGUGAGCGUACGCUCGGCGACGACGACCAAGGGGGUGGCCGAGACAAACGUGAGUUCGGAGAAUAUUAAGGGGUGUUUGCCCAAAACCACACCUGACAAAAUGCAUACCGAUAUGGCUGGUAUCAGUAUAUGGAGAACUUAUUAUGUGGCCAACGAAUGGACCGAAAUACAAAGUAAAAGAAAAAUCAACUUGUGUGCUCAACUUUUUGGAGUUUUAUUCUUUCUCAAAGUUCUUGACUUUGAAAGUUAUGCCUUAGCUAGCUUAAAAUUCAAUUUGCCUCCUUCUGAAGUUCAUAAAUAUGUGCCUUACAGUGCUUGCAGUCGACUAGCCCUCGGUGCUUCUGUUUUCCUGAGCUUAGCUCUUCUACAAGUUGUUUUUAGAAAAGGAAUUUAUGAGCGUUUUGUGGAAGAUAAAUUGCAACAAUACGUUGAUUUGUGCUCUGUUAGCAAUGUAAGUGUUUUUUUGUUGUUGACCAAAAAAUUUGGUUAUUACAUUCAUGGGAGAUCUACACAUGGUAAGGCAGAUGUAAAUAUGAAAGAAAUGCAUGAGUUCCUUAGAAAAGAAGAAGAAGACCUGUGUGGCUAUCGUGGAUUACUACCAGAUACUCAACAGCAGACAUUUCAGUUUGUUUUGCCUCCUGGUGUUCAUGAUCAGUUCAUCAGGCUCUUACUUCCCCUUACAUCCUAUAGCCAGGCUGCUGACCGUAUGCAAGGAGUGGGCGGACGUUUGGCUAAAGUUGAUAUCUCCAGAGUUGCCAAUACUCACUAUAUGCUCAAUAAAUUUCUCUCUGCCUUUAUUGAUCAUUCAUUUAAAGAUAUAGAUUAUGUUGUCAAGGACAGAGUAUUGCUGGAAUAUCUGUUUGAUAUUGAAUGUUUUGAAGUGGCAGACAGAGGAUAUUUUUACAAUGAUGAUGGUCGUUCUUUUUCCAAUGUGAUGUUUUAUGGGAAUGAAUCUAUACUCUUGUUAUUUGAUGUCCUCCUCUUCACUGCCAUUGAUAUUGCAUCAACAGAUUUUGUUCUUUCUGCCAUCCUCACUUUUCUUAUUGCAAAGGUUCUUCAAGGUUUGAGGCGGAGUGCUGGAAGACGUAAUUUAGUGAGGAAAGCUUUGAUUGAUGAGCGAUUCCUGACAUAACAAAGCCUUCUGUAAAAUACUUUAUUUAAUGUUGAAAUUGCAAUUUUUACUUUAGUACGAAUGCAGUUUUAAUUUUACUUGACCAUUUUAUACUUUCCAUUGUAAAAUAUUUCAUUUUGAAUCCAUCCAUAAAAGUGUGCUAAAUAAAGAAAAAAAAUAUUGCUCAUAAAUUGUAACAUUUCUCAAAAAUGAUAAACUUUUAAAAUCAUCAGAUAACCCUCUACUUCCCUAAUAAAGAACCAAACUUUUUGGAGCCAUCUAAAUUUUUCACCUUAUUAUAUCCCUUCCCCUCCAAUGGUCAGUCAAAAUAUUGUUCUCUCCAUUUUAUUGAUUUUCUCACAAUUUUAUGUCCAUUAUCUGAUGUGUUAACUUUGUCAUCUAGCUGUUAAAAAUUCAUAUCCUUGCUGGCAUUAGGGCGGAAUUCAGAUAAAUUUAUGCAAUUACUACUAUGGUUCAAUUAAGCCAAUCAAAAGCCUGCAUUUUUGCAAUGUGUAAAAAUAUAAACUUUUGAUUGGCCAAAUUUGUCCGCCUUCAUUGCGAAAAUUUAGCAGAAUUCGGCCCUUAGAAAGCCAUGAACUUACAAAAUAUAGAUUGUGUUCAUACGAUAGAUCAAUGAAGAGACUCGCAUAAAGCUGACAAAUUUUACACUGUACUGAUAUUUUGUUGAAAAAAAGUUCAUUAAAGAAGGAAACGUAAAAUAAACUUUCUAUUUUAUUUGGGGGCCUCCUUUGAUGUGGGGGCCCAGGGCAACUGCCCUGCAUGCCUCUGCCUUAGUCAGGCUCUGUCAGGGGAUAAUAGAUUAUGUGAAAGAAUGUGAUUUAUGAUGCUAUAGUGGAUCCCGUAUUCACCAACACGGAUUACCACCGGGUAAUCUAUGGGUAAGAGUAAAAUCACGAGUUUAGUGCGAAACGUUAUUCUCCAGCCGAAAUUUCGCCAAACUCGCAGAUUUCAUCGACAGUUCUGACUCUCCGGGUAACCCUCUGUUUUUGCCAAGUUAUCGAAGGGUAACCUAUUCACGAGGAGCUUGUAAACAAAAAAGAUGGAGGAUUCUAUCGCUGCGUUUGAGCUUGAAUUUCUUGAAACUGUUGAAAGAAGGGAAAGAUAUGUCCCAACUAUCAGAAAUAAUGACCUGAAAGAGUUAGAUGAAAUAGACUUUUUUGAAAGAUAUUGUUUCUUAAAACCGACGAUUGAAGAACUGAUCUCCAAAAUUGGCAGUAAGUUGGAAUCUGAUACAGAUCGGAACAAUGCCUUAACUCCAACGGAAAAAGUUUUAACUGCUGUAAAAGAUUUUAUGAAUUUGGAAACCAGCAAAUAACAUGUUUAUAUUAUAUAACAGCACGUGUUUAUAUUAUAUACAAAGUCACAUGGUUUUACCUUGCCCAAUCAAGGGCCUCGUUAUAUUUCCUGCAAGAGUUAAACUCGAGUUGUGAAAUCCUCUGUUGAAAACGGUUGGAGAAUAAAAAGCGAGGGUUAAUCCGAGAGUAACUCUGAACCUUGGAUAUUCCGAUCCCCGAGUUACUCUUGAAUUUAACUCGGCGUGGUGAAUACGGGUGUAAAAGUUUUGUGGAAGGAUCAGAGUUAAGACAUUAUCCAGUAAUAUUUUAAGCGUGUUUUAUUGAUUAACCAACAUUUAUUUAAUGUUUUGUUUAUUUUUACAAUUAAUUAAUUACCAGUGAAGAUUAACAAAAAAAAAUUUUCCUGACACUAUAUUGAAGGAUAUGCAUUUAUAAAAAAAAAAGCAAUAUUACAUGGUGCGUAGCAUAUUUAAAAAGUGCUUAAAGGUGCUUAUCUUCAAUUUUUGUUUUUUGAAAGUCCUUAAAGGUGCUUUUUUUCCUGGGGUGUUUUUAAAAAGUGCUUCAUUUUCAGUUUUCGAAAAAGAGAUUUAUUUCCCAUGUCGAUUUUCGCCACGUAUUAUGCAAAAGUGUGCUUUUCACAAUGUUCUAUUCAACAUUUUUAAAAUUCAUUCAACCACAUUCUAAUUUGGCGUACCAUCGGUCCAUAACGUAUGAAAGUGCUAAUUAUUUUACAUGUCUAUUGAGCAGGGAUCGUUGAGACUCUUGCACUCUCACGUGCAACUCUGCUGCAUUUUACAAGAUAUUCUCAAUUUCCGGCUUCAUCCCCUCCCCCCACCGAAAUCGAACCGAUAAAUCUCUCGAUCAUUUUAUAAUGGCUAAUGUAAUCAAGAAAAGAGUUCUUUGUCAGAAACCAGUCAUUUAUCAUGAUCAUCUAAAGUCUGUGAAAAUUAUUUUGCAUUUUGUUAAUGUAUGGAGUGCUUAAAAAGUGCUUACUUUUUGUUGAGAGAUUUGGUAUUAGUACUUCCCAUCCAAAUUUUCAAUUAAAAAUAAAAUAACUGUAAAGAAAUAUUCUCAAA